CUCCUGGUCCUUUUUCCCUCCGUCAUCCCCCCUCCCUCGCGCCUGCUUGUAACCCCCAGCUUUAUUGUAUCAUUGGUGAUUUCUCCAGCUGACUGUAACACGCUCCCUCCACCCUGAUUACAGCGGGUUCCCGCUAUAAUUAUUAUCAACUUAUUUCUUUAUUUUUUCCCCGGUUAGGUGUGGCAGCGCGCGACCGCACGCAACAGAUGUCAGCCGUCGCCACAGUCCUCGCACCUGUGUGAUGUUCAUGUGUGACGGGUGCGCGCGGCCCGACAGCGAUCGCUCCUGCGUCUCGGCUUUCUAGGACCAGAACCCUCGUCGCGUGCGUGGAACCGGCGGGUUGGCUCGCGCUGUACCCACAGCUUUCUUUCUCGGAUUUUUGCGGCAGGGCACUCCACCCCCCCUCCCCCCCCUCGGAGACCCCCUGGUUCCCCCCCCCCACACACAAACAGACACACACAGCUCAUCUGUGAGCAUGUCGGCCGCCGAGGACGUGCCCGCCUUCUUCAGGAACAUGGGCUCCGGGAGCCCGAAACCCCGGCAGAAAUUCUGCGGCAUGUUCUGCCCGGUCGAGGGGGCCGCCGAGAACAAAACCCUGGACCUGGACUCGCUGUCGCCGGCGCGCGGGACCCCCCGCAACGACGGGCGAGUCAUCGACAGGCAGGGAGACAUCGCUAGUCAGUGCGGCGCGAGCCGGGUGGAAAUCCGAAGGAGCACGGGCAAGGAAGCCCUGCAGAACCUCGGGGACCAGAGCGACCGUCUGCUCAUCAAGGGAGGGAAGAUUGUCAAUGAUGACCAGUCUUUCUAUGCAGACAUCUACAUGGAGGAUGGUCUGAUCAAGCAAAUCGGGGAGAACCUCAUCGUUCCUGGCGGUGUGAAGACCAUCGAUGCUCAUGGCCGCAUGGUGAUGCCGGGGGGCAUCGAUGUUCACACCCGCUUCCAGAUGCCUGACCGUGGCAUGACUGCAGCUGACGACUUCUACCAGGGCACCCGUGCUGCCCUGGCGGGGGGCACCACCAUGAUCAUUGACCAUGUGGUUCCAGAACCCGGGUCCAGCCUGGUGGCAGCCUUCGAGCAGUGGCGGUCGUGGGCUGACAGCAAGUCCUGCUGCGACUACUCCUUGCAUGUGGACAUCACAGACUGGCACAAGGGCAUGCAGGAGGAGAUGGAGAUGCUGGUCAAGGACCAUGGUGUGAACUCUUUCCUCGUCUACCUGGCCUAUAAGGAUGUUUUCCAGCUCUCCGACUCCCAGAUCUAUGAGGUUUUCAGCGUGAUCCGCGACCUGGGGGCCAUUGCACAGGUGCAUGCUGAGAAUGGGGACAUUGUGGCGGAGGAGCAGCGUCGCAUCCUGGGCUUGGGCAUCACUGGUCCUGAAGGCCAUGUCCUGAGUCGUCCAGAAGAGGUGGAGGCGGAGGCAGUGAACCGCUCAAUCACGGUAGCCAACCAGACCAACUGCCCGCUCUACAUCACAAAGGUGAUGAGCAAGAGCGCCGCCGACGUCAUCGCCCUGGCCAGGAAGAAAGGUUCCGUGGUGUAUGGGGAGCCCAUCUCCGCGAGCCUGGGCACUGAUGGCUCUCACUACUGGAGCAAGAACUGGGCCAAGGCUGCUGCCUACAUCACUUCACCACCCCUGAGCCCUGACCCCACCACGCCCGACUACCUCACCUCGCUGCUCUCCUGUGGGGACCUCCAGGUGACGGGCAGCGCUCACUGCACUUUUAACACUGCCCAGCGUGCUGUGGGGAAGGAUGACUUCACCCUCAUCCCUGAGGGCACCAACGGCACCGAGGAGAGGAUGUCCCUUGUCUGGGAUAAGUGUGUGGUCACAGGGAAGAUGGACGAGAACCAGUUUGUGGCUGUGACCAGCACCAAUGCGGCCAAGAUCUUCAAUCUGUACCCGCGCAAAGGCCGCAUUGCCGUGGGCUCCGACGCCGACCUCAUUCUGUGGGACCCUGACAUCACCAAGAUCAUCUCCGCCAAGAGCCACAACCUGAACGUGGAGUACAACAUCUUCGAGGGCAUCGAGGUGCGUGGUGCCCCCCUUGUAGUCAUCAGCCAGGGCAAGAUUGUGCUGGAGGAUGGAAACUUGCACACCACCGAGGGCUCAGGUCGCUACUUGAGCCGCAAACCCUUCCCGGACUACGUCUACAAGAGGAUAAAGGCUCGCAGCAGGCUGGCUGAGCUGAGGGGGGUCCCACGAGGUCUCUAUGAUGGGCCCGUGUGCGAGGUGUCCGUGACACCCAAGGCAGUCACCCCGGCGUCUUCGGCCAAGACAUCCCCCGCGAAGCAGCCAGUGCAGCCGGUGCGGAACCUGCACCAGUCUGGGUUCAGCCUGUCUGGUGCCCAGAUUGAUGACAACGUCCCACGACGCAACACCCAACGCAUCGUAGCGCCACCUGGUGGGCGGGCCAAUAUCACUAGCCUGGGUUAAGCUGCCUGAGAACCCCUGGUUCACAGGGGCAGGAGGGGUGGCAGGAAGGUCCCCUAUAGAAACACCCUGUCCCCCACUCCCUUCUUUCACCCUGAACACCCCCACCCCCUUCACUACCAUACUCAAAACGUUUUAACGAAUGAAUUGCCUCGUUAAGCAAAAAGUUAGUUUUUUUUUUUUAAUUGUUUUUUUUAUUUACAGCACUGUCCACAGAUUACGCACCUUUUCUUUUCCAAGGAAAAGAAGUGAAAGGAGACCGGAGAGUGGUUCUUGAACAAAAUCAAGUUAAUGGCAAAAUCGCGGUGUGGUCUUUCAACUUUAGUGUAACAAGUAAAGGUGUCGGUUUAUUUCAUUCCUUGGUUGUCUUAUACUUGGUACAGUUUGAAGACCAAUAAGAAGUGGUCUUCAGAUGACCACAUGUGUAUUGGUUUGACUAUGAGUCUCAUUCCUGGUCAUUGAUCGAACUCUGCAUUAAAGCCCCUGUUGCACAACAUUCCAUCCAUCAGUCCAGACUGGUACUAACACAGACACAUUGAGAUGUUCAAACUGUGGAUCAUAUUUAUCAUCUUUGCUUAAGUUGCAUCUGACUUGUUAAAAUCCAUGUCUGAUGCAGUUUAUACAGACCUCAGUUGUGACAUGCUCUACAUCUUCUCCAGUUUUGCUUCCCACAAACCAUAAAAAAGGCCAUCUGAUUUAUUCCUGGAAGCAAUUUGAAAACUCGACUCUGACGUGGGCGGUUGUUGAGCGCUGCUGCCUCCAGCUCCAACGGCUUGCUGAGUCCUGAAAGAUGUUACUUUUGCAAAUCAACAUGAGCUGCACACAAGGAGAAGCAUAAAACACAGUGGGUUCAGGGGGCUGAAGCAACAGCACAGCUGGGCGUUGUGGACCUUGGCCUCCGCAGCAGCCACCAGACACCUCUGUUAUCAGACACUUGGAAAAGUGCUUCGUAGCGGAACGCUGAUUUCUCUCAAAUUCCAGCCAGACCCUAGUGUUUGAGGACCUGGUCUGUCUGCAGACCCCUUUUAAAGUUCUUAGCUUAUUGUAAGAGAAUAAUAUUAAAUAUAAAGCAGAAGAUUGACUGGUUUCUGUAGUUGAGAAGAUUAUGAAAAACAGAUUCCCUUGUUCUGCCUCUAUACGCUACUGAAAAAUUUUGAUCAUUUCAGUGUUAUAUGUAUCAGUGUUUCCACUGUUUCUUUCGAGAGUCGCACAAAGGCUACCGGACUGUUUCUUAGUAUUGGCCCAAAAGCCGACGUGGGAAGUACGCACGUGUUCCCUGUCAACUUCUUACAUUAAUUCCUGAAUGCGGCCUUAAACAGUGCUACUGCAGUGCUUUUUUUUUCUUUUCUUUUUUUUGAAACUCAUCCUCCACCUGCCCUGUCCAUGUGUGUGCAUGCUGGGAAAAAAACAAUGGCGCAUGCGACCCACUGUGUAACCAUUCUUAGCUUCAUCCUCCAGUGAAAGUUUGCACAGAAAGUGAACCGCGUUGCUUAUGGUGUGUUUGCAGGAGUUCUCUUAAUUUUGCCAAGUGUGCAGGUUGUUAAAGAAGGCGUCGCUGUUGCUCACGAGACGGUUGCAAGUGAAUGCCAGUACAGGCAUGUAGGGAAGUGAUGGGGGGUCCGUAGUGAGUGUGGGGCGCAGUGUGUGCCGGUUGUAGGGGGCCCAGCUGUGGACAGAAAGUUGUUGCUGUACAGUUCAGGAAGAAAACCACAGGCAACCCAACUGUGGUCCGCCCAUGGUGCAAAAAGACAUUUGUAACCUUCUGUUGUGAGUUCACUUGUCUUGUUUUUAGAUUUGUUGUCUUUUCAACAACUCGGUGUUGUGUUUGUACCCACACUGAGCACACUGGCCAACAAAUUGUGAGGAAACACAGGAGUCUCUGACGGGAGGACAGCACGGGGUUAAAGAAACCUGUCCCUCCCGUCCUGUUAGCUGGAACGUUGAACAUUUCUUUGCAAUCUGGCUGAAGGGGAAAACACCGGCUCUCCAGAGACCACCAGUAAUUUUUGCUUUCUUUUCCACCCGUCGUUCCCAUUUCCCCGGCUCUUGAAUUGUUGUAGUUAGACCGUUGCCAGGACAACAGGCUCUUGAGUCACUCUGGGCCCCCCUUGCCUGCCCAAACACUUUGUUUGUCAUGACGACAGAGCUGGAUCAGAUGUCGCCCCUAGCAACCCUUCUGGACCUGGUGCUAUUAUAUCAACACAUCCUGGGCGGAGCCCUAUGUGGAAGCCACGCCCAUUGUGCAGAUUCCCAUCGCAGAGUGGGGGCCAGCUGAUGAACAUGCCCUGUCCCGCAGUGGCCUGGUGCUUUCCCUUGUGCCAUUACGUUAGUUAGCUGUUACAACUUCAGUGCCUGUCUGAUCUCUCAGUGUAUUUUUGUACUCCUCAUUUUGUUGAUGGUGCGCACGCAUGAACACACACACACUCUGCGCCUGUGGACGUCUCCCAUUUUCCCCCCAUGCCCUGUGUCUCCAGCUCGUCCACAAGGCUGGGACACAGCGGAGAGCGACCCAGGGAAGACGGCCAGCUGUUUGCAGCUGCUAUGAGCUCAUCCUGAGACCCCCCCCCCACCCCCGCCGCCCCCGCUUCCCGCCCGCCCCACCCAACCUUGCGCUUUGUUAGCUCCCAUGUUCUUCUCUGCCACGCUAGUAUGUAAUGUAAGUACAGCGCAGAUCCAGUGAUGUUUUUCCAUUUUGACCCCAGAGCCAGUCCCCCUCCCCCCCCUCCGCUGUGGUUAAAGUGAAACUGUUGGUGAUGUAUGUUUUUCGUAAAGCUAUCGGGUUUGAGGACGCUUGUCUCUCUGAAAGUGUCGAACCCUCAUUGAUGGUUGCUUCAAAUGAUUUAAAAGAUUAAAAAGCAAAACAAAGA